AUGGCUGGUAAGCACGCCACCACAUGCGCGAGCGAGCCUGCCCGCCGCCCAGAGCCACCUCGCAUUCACCCCACACCCCACCAAAGCACCGACACAGCUGACCCGCCCUCAGAGGAGAUUCGCAGAUCCGGCCGAGCCACCAAAGGCCAGCAUACCAAAGACCGCGACCUUCCCGAGACACCCGUCCCGUCCAAACGCAAGAGCACCACCAAGAAGAGCGCGAAGAAAGAGACCGAGCCCGAGCCCGAGGACAAUGGUGACGCCGACGCCAUCAUCCGCUGCAUAUGCGGCUCCGACGAUGACGAUGAGGGCGGCAGGAUGAUGAUCUGCUGCGACAACUGUGAUGCGUGGCAGCACAACGACUGCAUGGGCCUGACCGAGGAUCCCAAGAAGCAGCCCGACAGUUACCUGUGCGAACAGUGCAACCCGGAUGGCCAUCAGGAGACAUUGCAGGCGCUCAAGGAUGGGAUCAAGGUGUGGGAGGUCAGGUUGGAGGAGAAGAAGAACAAGUCUAAGAAGGGAAAGAAGAGCAGCAGGAAAUCACGCCAGAGCGAAAUCCGCGCGGCUGCCGGAGGCGACACUGCCAGCCCGAAGCAGCAGUCGAGUCCUGCGCCGGCGCCGUCGCAGAAGGCCGACACGGAAGAGCCUGGUCCCAAUGGCAGCGCUGAGGUCAAGAGCCCUACGGAGGCUACGCCCUCGGUCAAGAGGCGGUCUGAACCUAGCGAAGACCCUGUUCCCAAGCGUCGCAAGAGUACGCAGCAGAAGAAAUCCGUGGAGCCCGCUCCGGUCACGCCUGUGCAGCCCGCAACCGUAGAGGAACUUCCCGAUGACCGCAAGCGGGUGGCAAGCAAAUUGCGUGGCGAUCUCGUCAAGCUUAUCAAGGACGUUUCCAAAGAAGACUUCAAGAUGCCUGAUGGCGAGACACCCGACUCCUUGGGCACGCGCCUUGCUCUGGAUGUGGAAGCUGCAAUGCUGAAGCACAACCCUGCGGGCCCUAACGCAUAUGCGCAACAGUUCCGAAACAUCGUCGCCAACAUUCCUCGCAACCACACUCUUCUGGUCCAGCUGCUUCAUGGUUCCGUUCUGCCCGAGCAACUUGCUACCAUGUCUGCUGAAGACAUGGCGAGCGAUGAGCUGAAGCGUCAAGACACCAUCUUAAAGGAGCAAUCCGACAAGCAAACCAUCCUGACGAACGAGGGAGGCCCGACUCGCAUUCGAAAGACACACAAAGGCGAAGAGUUUGUUGAGGAUAGCAACGAGCAGCCGACAGCCGACGAGCCCACAUACGCACCUCCAAUUCGCCGGGAGAGCCAAGCCGAAAGCAAUCAGCGUUCUCCCACGUCGAGGGGAGGUAGCCCCAUGCAGGGUGUGGAGCUUCCCGAAGGGGUCGGUGAAGGCCAGCGUCCUCUUCACGUCGAUACGGGACCACGCAGACAAUCGUCGACGAACUUCGAUGUCAACUCGGUUUGGGCGAAAGUCCAGAGUCCGAACGAAAGCACCGUACGCAAGCUUUCGCAACAACACCGUCGCCGCCAGAGCUCGAUCCAACAGCCUCAGCCUUCAGUAAAUCAGGAGGAUCCAGACGUGGAUCGUCUCUUGAAAGAUGACGACGAUGAAGGCCAGGCCUUCGCGCCGUCGGACGAGACCAUCAAGUGGAGGGGCGAAAUCUUCAUGCCCAACCAGGGCGCAUUCAAGGUUGUUGGACGCUUUGCCGGAGGGGGCGACGUCGGCCAGUUCAUGCCUUAUGAUCAGCUCAUUCCUCGCCCUACAGAAGUCAACGGCCGUAUUGAUAUGGCCAAGACGGAAGAUUAUAUCCAAGGCAUGCGUGCCAGCCUCCUUCACGAUGUUGCAAUCCUUUCGCUUACGCCGGAAGACCAAGAGAGCAAAACGACGUAUGACAAUGUCUUCAACUACUUCUUCCCGAAGAGCAGGUGGGGCGUUAUCGGUGGCACAAGGCAUGAUAGAGUUCGCGAUGUCUACCUCAUCCCCAUCCCUGCCGGUGCCGGGACGCUUCCUGCAUGCAUUGAGAUGCUCAACAAUGUCACCAUCGAGGUCCCUCGUCCGGAUAAUAUGCUCUUGCUUAUGAUGGUUGUGAAGACCAGCGAGCCGAGCUCCGCCCAAGGAACACCCCUACAAGUGGAUGCGUCCUCUGGUUUCAAUGCAAACAAUGGCCUUCACAUGGCUGCUGGUCAGAUGACUGCUAGUCAGCUCACUCCAACGGCCACCCCUACCGCUCCAGCUCCUACGAACGCCUUCACGCCACAGAUGCAUGGCGCAUACCAGCAGUCGCCGCAGCAACCUCAAGGCCCGUCUCCCGUAAACCAUUUGCCCGGUUAUGGCGGUCCUCCCUCGCAGUACCAGCAUCCUGCAGGCUAUCCCCAGCAUGCCUCACCGCCGCAGCCCCAGCAGAUGCAGCCCUUUCCGCCUCUGAUGGGCCAGCAGAGUCCGCUUCAAGUUCCGGCACAUUUGCAAGAGAUAGCCACGCGCAUCCUUGGCCCGUUCAUCGAAGCUCCUGUUGUGCGGACGAUGCUCCAAUACUCGGGUGAAGCGAUGAAGGAAGACUCGCUGAUCGGAUUGAAGCAGGUUCUCGAAGCGGUGCCAGCCGCAAGGGACGACUUCCAGGUUUUGAUGCAGGAACUUAAUAGGCCCAAGGGCCAGAACUGA